AUGGGUAGUUUGAAGUCGGAUAGUGUAUUAGUAUGGAUGGCGGAUCGAUCAAGCUAUGUAGAAAGUACACCAGGAACAGUUCUACGAAUCAAAAACCCCUCGAAAUUCGCUGAAAACAAUAUGGGUUUCAAAGAUCAGCAAGGAGAAUUAAUUGAACUCAAAUGGGAGUCAAUUUUCAAAUUGCGACCAACACUGAUUGAAAUCAAUCAUGGAAGAAAUCCUCUGAAAGAAUUGAUGAAUAAUCUGGAAGAAAAUUAUGAAUCAUCGGAGAUUUCUGCGUUUUUUGAUAAAGUUAAAGUAUUAUCCCUUCAUAUGGCCGAUAUAUCCGCGGAUGAUCUCAUUAAACUCCUUGAUAAAUUCUCACUUCUCGCCGCAUUUUCGUUUGCCGAAACACGAUUCACUUCAGAUGAAUGGUCUAGAAUUCUCACAAAAUUAUCAACUCUUCAUAUUCGAGGAAUCGAUAUAUCUGAUAAUGUUAUGGAACAAGUUGCUCAACAUUUGAAUAUUUCAUUGAUGAAAUUAUCUGGAAAUCCUGGAGUUGAUGUGAAACAUUUUCGAAAUGGUAUUGAAUUUGUAACAGUAACAGCGCUUGUUGUUCAGGAACUAUUUUUCACCGGUGAAACAGAUGCUGAACAAUUUCUCGAUGUUCUUCCAACUUCGUAAGUUGUUUUUUCAUCGAAACAAAAAAAACGCGUCUUUCCUCAGAUUCCCCCGAUUACAAACUCUGAUUUGGGAUUGGAAUGUCGUUGAUCCCGAAUUAUCCAUAGAUGAUCGAACAAAAAACAUCAUUGCUAAACUAAUCGAUGUGAAUCAGUAAGUUGCUGGAAAUAUUUCAGGUUAUCUCAAAAAAUAUUUUUGCAGAAAAUUGAAUCUCUCAACUUUUGCUAUUAUCGCUUAUACACCUAGUGAUGAUCAUAAAACAGCUAUUUGUGAAACUGCGAGACUUUUGACAAAUUCGAAACUUGAAAAUGUGCAGCUUUAUCAAUUUGCAUCGAAAGGCCUCUCAAAUGUAAAUUAUUUUUUUUUUGAAAAUCUAAUUAUAUUUUCAAAUUAUAGGGAAUGUCAAAUUUCUCGCUGAUCGUCGCUGGAAACAAUGCAAAAAAAUCGCAAAGAAUUGAUCGAAAUGUAUAUAACAGAUCGAUCAACAAUUCCACCAAUGGGAAAAUUGCUCAGAUUAUGCGAUGA